AUGAAAUCCUUAAACUCAGAAAUAUCCCUCAAAAUAGCCAACCCUAUCAACCCCACCAACAUCGUCCCAUUAGACUUCAACUCUGUCCCUACAUUGCCCGAUUCCCACACUUGGACACCUUGCACCUCGGCCGACCCGUCGUUCACGGGCGAUGAUCAUUCGGUACCCGUUAUCGACCUUUUCGACCCGAAUGCGGUCUCUCUGAUCCGACAGGCCUGUGAGAGAUGGGGAGCUUUUCAAGUCACCAACCACGGCGUGCCCUAUGACCAUCUCAAGGAGGUGGAGAGCCAAAGCCGUCGGUUUUUUGCUCUGCCGGCGGAACGGAAACUCCGGGUGGUUCGAUCCGCCGAGAGCGUUACCGGGUACGGGUUGGUGCCCAUUUCUAAGUUCUUUCCGAAGAUGAUGUGGUCGGAGGGGUUCUCCAUGACAGGGUCCCCGGAGGAAUACGCUCGCCAACUUUGGCCACAUGAAGACUGUCGCCAAUUCUGUAGUGUGAUGGAGAUGUACCAAAAGGAAAUGAAAGGACUAUCUGAGAAGUUGUUGGAGCUGAUUCUUAGGUCACUGGGGGUGAACUACGAAGAUAUAAAGUGGGCCAACCCCAAAAACGGGUUAUCUAGUUAUCAGGCCCUGCUACAGUUGAACUCUUACCCAGUCUGUCCAGACCCAACCAGGGCCAUGGGCCUGGCCCCACACACUGACUCUUCAUUGCUCACUGUGCUAUACCAAAGUUGCAUGGGCCUCCAAGUCCAGCGUAAGGAGGAUAUUGGGUGGGUGCCGGUCCACACAGUGGAUGGUGCACUCAUUGUCAAUCUGGGAGACUUGAUGCACAUUAUGUCGAAUGGACGGUUCAAGAGUGCGAUGCAUCGUGCGGUUGUGAACAAGACACAUCAUCGGGUGUCGGUGGCAUAUUUUUGUGGCCCGCCAAAGGAAGAGAAGAUAUCAUCGUUGAUUCAGAUGAUUGAUGACGAUCGUCCUCGCAUGUAUCGUGGAGUGACAUGGAAAGAGUAUCUUGAAAUCAGAGCAGCACACUUUGACAAGGCACUUGAGUUCAUUAAAAAUAAUAAUAUUGAUGAUGCAUGA